AUGCAGCCCAAGUCUCUCGCAGCCCUCCUCCUCGCCAGCAUGGCCAUGGCCGCCCCGGCCGACACCAACUCCGCUAUUGAAUCCGGAGACGCUGGCCUCGCGGAUAUAAUUCCCCCCUCCAUUGCCGUGGUUCUAGCAACUGCUGUCCCAAGCUCAUUCUGGGCCGAAGCCACCAAUACCGCUGCUUUCCUUUCGCAAGUCGAGCAAGGCAUCGUCUCCAACUCCUGGCCGACCUGGUACAGCAGCCUCCCCGACAGCGUCAAGGCGUACGUUACUACCGCGGUUGAGGGCUACUAUCCUUCCUUCGCAUCAUCCGUCUCCGCUGAAAUUACCAGCUCGGGCGCAAGCAGCUCUGGCCCUAGCACUGCUGAGGCCACCUCCACCGGCGCUUCCAGCUCUGGUGCUUCUAGCUCUGGUGCUGCUAGCUCCGGCGCUUCUAGAUCUGCCGCUUCGUCCUCUGCCGCUUCAUCAUCUGCCGCUGCCGCUUCGUCCUCUACCGAUUCUACUUCUACUACCACGGUCUCAUCUUCCUCUUCCGCUGCCACUGGCUCGGACGCUGCUUCGUCCUCGGCUGCGGCUUCUGCUUCGGCCUCCGGCUCUGCUUCAUCCACCACUGCCGAUGGUGGUGCCGCCCCCACUGGUGUGGCCAUGAGUCUUGCUGGAGCCGUUGGUGUGCUGGGUCUUGCUCUCGCCUUGUAA